CCACCACACCCCGGCGCACCGGACAUACAUGGCACCAUGAGCGAGCCAGAUAGGCCACCCUCGGCGCAGGCCUCCAGCAGCCGCUCGCCAUCCCACUCGCCGCGCCAAGCUGUGCGCCUCUCGCGCCCUUCCCCGGCCGCCGCCUCCUCCAAGAGCGCACCGACGCAGCCCUGGCGUCCGCCAAACGCCAGCAUCACGCCCUGCCGCUGGUUCCUCGCCGGCUACUGUGCGCGCGGCGACAGCUGCUGGUUCGCACACACCUCUGUCAGCAGCAGCAGUGCGGCGCCGAGCUCCGACGAUGCCGCCGCCGCUGCGCCUGCCGAGCCGGCUCAGCCGCAGGACGAGGUCGAGCGGCCGCCCUGCGUCAUCUGCUACGACGUGCCGGCGACGUAUGCGCUGCUGGAGCGCUGUCCUCACGUCGUCUGCCUCUCGUGCGCGCGCGACUGGCGCGAGGGCAAGGGCAAGGAGCCCAGCCUCGUCGACAGCGGCGUCACCAAGUGCUGUCCCGUGUGCCGCGAGCGGAGCUGGUUCGUCACGCCCUCGCACUUCCACUACGCGUCCGGGCCGCAGAAGGUUGCCGCAAUCGCGAGCUACAAGGCGAGCAUGGCGCGCAAGCCGUGCCGCAACUUUGAGCGCAGCCUCGUGAUGGGCAACGGCAUGCCCGACUGCAUCUUUGGCGACGACUGCCACUACUCGCACAAGCUGCCCGGCAGCGACGAGCGCUACCUCUUCGGCGCCGGCGCUACGGAGCAGCGGGCACGGCAAGCACAGCGGCAGCGGGCGCGAGCACUGCGGCGUCUGCUCGAAGCAGGCGGCGGACACUACCUCGAGGAGUAUCUGGACUGGAGCGGCGAGCUAGGAGCCGCAGAGCACGAGCUCGAUCCCUUCGACGAGGAUCCGCGCGCCGAUUUCUGGGAGUACGACGAGAGCGAUGGCGACUCCGAUGGGCCAUGGGAGCGAGACGGCGAUGAUGAGGCCCAGUGGAACGAGAGCGCCAUGCUGCGACACCUUAUUGCCGAGGCAGAGGGCGAGCACGCAAGUCUGCACGUCAUGCGCCGUGCACUCGCGGGCAUCCGCGCGGGCCUUAGCAGACCGGCAUGGGAGGAAGCAGCGGCACUGGCGGCAUGGGACGAGGCGAGUGUCGAGGAUGAGGAGGAGCUGCGCGCCUCGACCGAGGCUCAGCAGCGUUCUGCUCGUGCAGCAUCAGAGCAGCGCGCCAUUGCGCUCGAGGAUGCUGCAGAGGCAGGAUACGAGUACGAGCCGGAGGAGGAGGAGGUGCAGGAACUCGAUGGCUGCGCGGACAUGUGGGGCCUGGGCCGCGCCUUUCGAGAAGGCUACGAGCGCGGUGGCUAUGCCAGCGAGGGGGAUGGGAGCCACGAUGCCGACUCGGCAUGGGGCUCCGACUUUGAUCCCUCUUCGCCGUCCAUGCCUGCGCAUCGUCGACCCACGUUCGCCGACGACGAGGACGCCGACGUGGACGAGACCGACGCCGCCGACGCCUCACUCUCGCGCGCCUUUGCACGCGCCACCUCUGUCAUCAGCAGCGCCGGUGCAGAGCGCAGCAGCGCGCCGCUGCGAGACGCCGCUGCCGAUGCGUCGCUCAUGGCUGCGGCGCUGCGCCACUACCGCAGCGGCGCGCCCAGUCCGCCGAGUCAGUGGGGCGACGACGACGAGCCGUAGGCACUCAGCGACCCUGCACUUCACACACGCACACACACACAGCAUGCAUACCCCAGCCUCACCACGGUCUUGGCCAAUCUCACUCACACGCCCUUGUUAAUCGCACGUCUUGUCAUCUG